UUCGGUUUACUCAAACACGUCAUGCAUUCUGUGCCAUCAUACGCGCUCGAACGUGCACGGCUGUCAACCGCAACGAAAACGCUGCACAACACUGGAUCACGUCAUCAUAAUAUUAUUCCAUUAUACAUUUCAAGCUAAACUAAUUCAACAACAAAAAUCUUUGCAACUAUAGAAACUAUGCUGGUUGCAGCUUUUAAAUAUAACUUAUAACCGCAAUUAAUGGCAACGCAACAAAAUGCAACGUAAACAGCCCAUUGGAGGAACCGAGAGACAAAAACAAAUAUUGACAUAACACGUCAACGUUUGCGGCGAGAUUUCGGCAAUAAAAAGGAAAAAAUAAGAGAAUACAACUACAUAUAUAUACAUAUGUAUAUAAAUAUAGAAAACAUUUAAAUUGGGUCCAAGCAGGUAUAAGCAUGUGUUAUGGCCACAGCUCAGUACAAUACAACAACAGCGGCAACAACAGCGGCAACGCCAACAACAGCAACAACAACAGCAGCAGCAGCAGCAGCUGCGGCCGAACAUGUUGAACGAAAACAUUCUGUAGCAUCGAAUUCGAAUUUCAAUUUGAAUAACGUAAAUGCGCCCAGCUGGCAGAACUGCUACUACUGCACGCGAGAGCACUUCAAGAGCGUAGCAGAGUUUGUCAACCAUUUGCGGAGUCGUCACUGCACGCGGGAAGGCGGUUCCUAUGUCUGCCGCUAUGGCUUCAAUGGCGUCUGCGCUUCACUUCCACUAGAUGGCGUUUCCGAUCGCGACUAUGAUGCACAUGUGGCCAAAUAUCACGUGAAUCAGCAGACGCGCGAAUUGCCACCCGAAUGGGGCGUGUAUUCGGCGGCACAGAAUCUGCCGGCCGUGCUGAACGAUCCGCAGCGCGGCAAGCAGAGCAAUUUGUUUACCAAGAAGUGGGGCGAACAUUUUGUGGAGCGCGUCCAAAUACCGGGCAAUCCGCGACUGCCGGACAUAACGCAUGCGGACUUUGCCGUCUAUUUGGGCAGCAUUGGCAAACGUUAUCGCUGGCACGAGCGUCGCCAACAACAGCAGCAGCAACAGCAACAAUUGACUUCCACCACUACGACGACGCCUGAGCGUUUGGGCGCUGUGCCCGUGCCUGAGAUAUUUCUGAAAUCGCAACUGCAAUUGCAUCACGCCUCCACCUUUGCCCAAGUCUUUCCCAACUAUAUGCAAAGCGAUAAAGAUGCUGUUAGCGGCACAGCGGAGCGCCAGCAAAUGGGCCGGCAGCUGCAGGAGCAGCUCUCACACUAUCUGGACAUUGUGGAGGUGCGCAUAGCCCAGCAGGUGGCACAAAAGUCGGCGGCCUUCUUUCACGCCAUGACAACGCAGCAUGCGAUCCUCGCCGAGAUGCAACAGGCAGCGGAGCAAGUGCGUCAGCUGCGCGCUGCGCUGGCCCAGCUGCAUGGCAGCGCUGUCACCGACAGCUUUCGGGUGAUGCGCUACGCCCAGCGCAGGCAGCACUAUCAAACCACCUUGGACAAGCUGCGCCUGAUGGCCACCGUGCACAAGACACAGCCCAUGCUGCAGCUGCUGCUGGGCACACAGGACUAUGUGGCUGCAUUGGAUUUGAUUAGCACCACGCAGGAGAUCCUAUCCGCCGAGCUGCUGGGCGUGCACUGCUUCAAGCACUUGCCCAUGCAGCUGGGUGAAAUGGAGAAGCUAAUCGACAAGAUGCUGACCACCGAAUUCGAGCGUUAUGCAGCCACCGACCUAAAUCGUCCGCUCUCCGAUGCCGACCUGGAAUCGGACAGCGUCUGUGCCGAGGAGGACAAGUUGGUGGCCAUUGUGAUGGGUCUGCUGCGCAAGCAGAACUUCACGUUCGUUCAGAGCUAUCAGCAGGAGGCGAUCGCCACGAUACGCGCCAUCAUUAAGCAAUUGCUCAUCGAGCUGCUGUCGCGUGGCGAUCAUGAACUCUGCUUGACUGGAGCUGGCGAGCAAGCGCUGGAUCUGACGUUGCCCGAAUGGCUGGCCAUGCUGCAGCGCGCCAGUCACGCUCUGAUCGCUGUCCUGGAGCGCAUCAAGGCUGUCGUGUCCAUAAUGCAGCAGACAACCGACGCUGCCGCCGGUGGCGUCAAUCCGCACGAGCAUGCCGUCAAUCUAAUCGACUCGGAGGCCUUCCUCAGCGCCGCGCAUCACGAGCAGCUGAGCGCACAGCUGCAGCAGCUGCUCCAGGCUGUGUGUCACUAUUGUCACGAGCGCUGCGCCAACAUUGUGUCGCCACAGAGCCUGGAGCGCUGUGCGGCCACGGAGCAGGAGCUGCUUCAGCUGUCCCAAGUGGUGCAGGAGUUCAGCGAGGCGACGCUUAGCAUUUGCAAUGCGCCCAGCGUGCCGCUGCAGCUGGCGCUCAAGGUGCAGGCGUCCCGAUACGCACAACGCUUCCACACGGAGCGCAAACAAAAGUUGGCCUUAUUGUUGGAUCAGGAACGCUGGCGUCAGGUGGACAUACCACAUGAGUUCCAGCGUAUCAUUGAACGCAUGUCGGCGGGCGACUACUCCAAGCAGGCGCCGCUCGACGGCAGCCUCAUGGGCAUCGGCAUUGGCGGCAAUCCAGUGCUGCUGGUCGAGGCCAAACAGCCCUUCGCCCUGGUCAGCGUCGCUCUGCUGCUCAUCCAGAUGCUGUACGAAUAUGGCGGCAGUGCUCAUCGCCUGCCGCUGCUCGCCAGCUAUCAUGCGCGCAAUGUGAUCGAUCUGCUGCGCUGCUUCAAUUCACGCAGCUGCCAGCUGAUCAUUGGCGCUGGGGCGAUGCGUGUGGCCGGACUGAAGACCAUAACGAGCACGAAUCUGGCCUUGGUGUCGCGAGCUCUGCAGCUGGUGCUGUACCUGCUGCCGCGGCUGCGGGAGCAUUUCGAGAGCAUGAGCGGCUAUGAGGCGAUCGAACGCGACUACCAGGGCCACAUCAAGGAGAUCGAGCACAAGAUCCAUGGCAUCGUAUCGGAGCGCAUCACGGCACAGCUGGAGGCAUGGGAUGCACGUCCGCCGAUUCCGUCGCAAACGUUUCGCCACAUCUCGAGGCAUUUGGUUAAGCUGCACGAGGCGAUCGCCGGCGUUCUGCCCGAGACGCAAAUCCAUGAAAUCUACGAUGUGGUGCAUCGCAAUUUCAAGGACAAGCUGCGGGAGCAGCUGCUCAAGUUGAAUAUCUGCAAUAAUGGCGGGCCGCAGCACGGCGUGGUCACCUCCGAGCUGACCUUCUACAUGGAGACAUUGCGAACGCUCAAGGCUCUGCCCUCUGGUCAGCUGGAUAACGGCAUACUCGAGCACAUCUGGGUGUAUUGAGGCUGGGCCGGACCGAAGCUGGGCUCGGUAUUAUUCCCGAUUGUUGUUGGAUUUAUGAAGUCUAUAGCAAUCCGUUAGUUUCUUUUAUUGUCUUGUUUGUUGUCAACGUCUUUGUUUUUAUUUAUAUAAGCAUUUAACUUCUUGUAUAUUUCCAGUAUCUGAAAUUUUGUAUUUUUGCAAUUGUAUAUUUAUGCAAAGCCUUAAGUUAAUCGAGCAAGAAGAAGCAAACAGAAAUCCCUCUUCACUAAUUAAUUAAGCGAAAAGUUGUCAAGAUUUGUUUCCACGUCUGAGCGGAGUCCAUAAACUAAACAAAUACAAAUGAUAUAUAAUAUGGAAACGGAUAUGUUUUAAUGAAUGCAUAACUAGCUAGGAAAUAUUGAAAUGGAGGACAGGUCUGGAAUAUAUAAUAUAUAUAAUUCUAGAUUGCAUUAGAAAACAAAGCUAAUUCUUAUUGACAUAAUUGUUCGGUAUUCAAAUCCUAUUGUAAAUUGCAGACUAAAUUGGAAUAAAUCGGACAUUC